AAUUAGAUUGAAACCGAAGAAAGAAAAAACAGUAGGAAAGAGAAAAUGGAUAGGGUGUAUUCAGUGGACGAAAUCUCCGACUGGGCGGCUCCGCCGCCUCCGUCUUCUUCAAACUCCGGCGAUGAAGCUUUGAAGAUGAACCGCAGCGCAUCGGAAUGGGCCUUCCAGCGGUUUCUCCAAGAAACGUCGGGUUCAGUCACCUCUGCACAACCACAACCACAACCACAAUCUCAACUACUCCCUCCACUACCUCCUCCGCCUUCCUUUUCCGGCGACGAAAACGACGUCGUUGAGAUCAAGGCGAAAGAUAAUCUGAAACCAUCUGGAACUCCGUUGUCCUCUUCCUAUAUUCCCGUGGACUCGGAGGACUACCAGGCUUUUCUCAAGAGCAAGCUUAAUCUCGCAUGCGCUGCCGUUGCUAUGUCUCGGGGAGCUUUGGGAAAUGUUCAAGAUUCGGCUACUUCAGCUGACUGUGGAUCACAGGCCUCAUUUACCUCUGUAACUCAAGCUUCUUCAAAAGGAGCUGUAUAUGAUUUGACCAGGUCACAAGACAAGGAUGUUAAUGGAUCACAUGUAUCUCCAGCCUUGAAUAUACAUAAGAAUUCUAUGGUUUCAUUACGGCCAGCAACUAGUGGUUCAUCGAGAGAACACUCAGAUGAUGACGAACUUGAAGGAGAGACUGAAAUUACUGAAAAUAUGGACCCUGCUGAUGUGAAACGCGUAAGGAGAAUGCUUUCCAAUAGGGAGUCAGCUAGACGCUCAAGAAGAAGAAAACAGGCACAUUUGACUGAUCUUGAGACACAGGUUGCUCAAUUAAGAGUGGAAAACUCUUCGCUAUUGAAGCGCCUAACUGAUGUAAGCCAAAAGUACAAUGAAGCAGCUGUUGACAAUAGAGUUCUAAAAGCAGAUGUUGAAACAUUGAGAGCAAAGGUAAAAAUGGCCGAGGAGAUGGUCAAAAGAAUAACUGGAUCAAACCUGUUCAACACAGUGUCUGAAAUAUCCUCAAUGGACAUGCCAUCAUUUGAUGGAAGCCCUUCAGACACAUCUACUGAUGCCGCUGUUCCUGUCCAAGAAAACCCAAAUCAUCACUUCUACGAAUCUAGUUAUCCAGUAUCUUCUCAGGACACCAAAGGAAACAACAAUGGUUCAGCAGAAACCUCUGCUGCAGUUGAAAACGGGCAACAACAGAGGUCAACAGCAGGAAGCAAAAUGGGACGAACACCUUCGAUGCAGCGAGUGGCGAGCUUGGAGCAACUGCAGAAGAGGAUUCGUGGGGGAGUAUGGGGGCCUCACUCCAAUGGAAAGCAGCAGCAGUAGGGAGCACAACUGAGCAACCAAGAAGGAACUAAAAGAAGAUUUAUUGAAAGUAUUUUUGAGUGCUGCUUCUGUGGCAUCACUAAUUUUGGCCAAAAUUAUGUAAAUAAAAAAAAAAAAACCAAAACCUAUUCAUUAGCUUGACUGUGUUAUGGAUUGGACUGAUAAUUAUUGCCCCUUGAUAAAUAAUUUAAUUCAUAUAAAGAAUCAUCCAAUUUUUCA